CCCAAAACGAAACCAAAACCCUAGACUGAUUAAAUCUAAUUGAUGGACUGGAUAGACUAAACUUGGGAUUUCAUCAACACUUAACGGUCAAAAUUGAUGGACUGGAUAGACUGAUUAAAAUCAGUAAGCAUCACACUCCAUGAGAUGCGGCUCCUAAUCUCCCUCCGUUACAACUCCUCCAUGCCCGCGCGCGCUCUCUCUCUGGGCAUGAGUUUGAGGUCAUAGUCAAAGAGAAAUUCAUAUUUGCUUUCAGGUUGAUCAUCCCUGAUGCUUGCUCAUGCAACUACUCACCUCAAGUGUGAGAUACUUAGAGUUUCAAGGUUCCAUCAUUUCCCAACUGCCCAUUUGUUUACUGAUAGGACAUUGAGCUCAAGUCGUGUGCCAGCUUUUACAAGCACAAGUCAUCUUAACAGACCUAGUUAUAGAUUCAGAACGAUGUCAUCUCAAGUUAUGGAACAAAUGCAAAGCAAUGUGGUUGUCAAAGAGCACUCAGAGGACAUACAUCUUACAUCGUCAUAUGAAUCUGCCAUGGAAGCACUUUCCUCUCUCAUUAUAAGUAAAAAACGUGGAGACGGAUCAUCUGUUGGUGGUAAAUAUGAAAAAUUGGAGAGGAUGACUAUGUAUCUCAAGAUACUAGACUUGGAGAAAGACAUAGGAGGACUCAGAAUUAUUCAUGUAGCUGGAACCAAGGGAAAGGGUUCAACAUGCACAUUCUGUGAAGCUAUUUUACGGCAGUGUGGUUUUCGGACAGGACUGUUCACUUCUCCUCACCUGAUUGAUGUGAGAGAAAGAUUUCGUAUAAAUGGGUUGGAGAUAAGUGAAGAUAAGUUUCUGCAGUACUUUUGGAAUUGUUGGUAUCAACUAGAGGAAAAGAUUACGGAAGACUUGCCAAUGCCUCCAUUUUUUCAGUUCCUCAUUUUGUUGGCUUUCAAAGUUUUUAUUUGUGAACAGGUUGACGUUGUGAUUGUUGAAGUUGGUCUUGGGGGAAAAAGAGAUUCAACAAAUGUGAUCAAAGAACCUAUUGUUUGUGGCAUUACUUCUUUGGGAAUGGACCACAUGGAGGCAUUGGGAAAUACUCUUGGGCAGAUAGCUUUCCACAAAGCUGGAAUAUUGAAGCCUCAUGUUCCUGCGUUCGUGGCACCCCAACUUUCUGAAGCAAUGGAUGUUAUCCAGGAGGUGGCUCGUAGACUUAUGGUUCCAUUGGAGGUAGUGGCACCACUUGACUGUAAACAGAUGGAUGGGAAACUCAGCUUGGCUGGUGACCACCAGUUCAUUAAUGCUGGUCUUGCUGUUUCCCUUUCUAAAUGUUGGCUUCAAAGAACAGGAAAUUGGGAAAAACUAUUUGGAAGGCAAGAUAUAUUGGAAGAUAAAUUACCAGAGGCAUUUUGUAGAGGCCUUUCAACAGCGUAUCUUUCUGGGAGAGCUGAAAUUGUUUAUGAUACUUCCUCGAAGUCUUUCAGUUCAUCAAAAGUGUCUGAAUGUUCUAGUGGAGAUCUGGUUUUCUAUUUGGAUGGAGCUCAUAGUCCUGAGAGCAUGGAGGUUUGUGGUAGAUGGUUUUCUACUGCCAUCAAGGCAAACGAGAAAACAUCGUCUUGUUCUAGAGUUAAAGAUAGGGAGCAGGUUUGGAGUAAUGGUCACGUCCAGCAUGGAACAGAGGAAAUGGUGGAGUCUACAACAAUAUCAAAGCAGAUUCUUUUAUUCAAUUGCAUGGAGGUUAGAGACCCUCAAGUAUUGCUUCCACGGCUUGUAAGUACAUGUGCUUCUUCAGGUAGUCAUUUCUCGAAGGCCCUUUUUGUCCCAGGUAUGUCAACUCAUAACAAAGUUACUUCUGCUGCCUCAGCCAUUCCUGCAGAUUCCUUUAGUAGGGACCUGGCUUGGCAAUUCGACCUCCAGAGACUUUGGGAGAAGUUGAUCCAUGGGAAGGAAGUGGAUGAUGUUAUUGACAAGGAAUCAAAGAUGGAUGCUGCAGCAAUUCUACCUCAUGAGUUCCUUUAUGAGGAUGCUUCUAAUUGCAGUCCUGUAGGCAAUCAUUUUACUUGCAGUGCAGUAAUCCCUUCACUGCCUUUAGCAAUAAAUUGGCUCAGAGAUUGUGUGAAAGCAAAUCCUGCUGUUAGAAUCCAGGUUCUUGUAACUGGGUCACUGCAUUUGGUCGGGGAUGUACUGAAGCUGUUGAGGAAGUGAUACAUACAUACAACUACACUGUCCUUGUCCAAAAAAAAAAAAAAAAAAAAAAUACAACUACACUGUCAAUAUGUCUUUAUCAAAACAUUCUUGAACUUUGUUUGACUUGAUUCGUUUACGGUUUUACCCACGUUGUUGAAGGAGCAAGGCUCAUCAUUCACUUCAA